AUGAAAGCGGCAACAGUUGUACCUACAACAGAAAUCAGUCAAACUAAUCGAGUAACAGUCAGUUUUCAAAACCUUACUUAUUAAGUGUCUGUAAAGAAUCCUAAAGGAGUGUCAGAAUAAAGAACAAUCCUAAACAAGAUAUCAGGAAUUUGUCAUCCAGGUGAAGUAACAGCCAUUUUGGGAGCAUCUGGAGCAGGGAAAACCUCGCUACUGAAUAUCUUAGCAAAAAGAAUCUCCUUGUCAAGGAAUGUUUAAUUGCUGGGUGAAAUAUCGGCAAAUGGAUAACCUUAUGACAGUGAUUAAUUUGCAUAGUUUUCAUCCUACGUGAUGCAAAACGAUGUUCUAUUCGGAACUUUAACUGUAAGGGAAACGUUCGAGUUUGUAGCCAAUUUGAAGUAUGCAGACCCACAGUAGAAAGUUGAUAAAGUAGAAUAUGCAAUUAAGACAUUAAAAUUAGAGAGAUGUUAAAAUACAUUAGUAAAAUUGAAAUAAUAUUUAAAGAUUGGAAAUGCUCUUAUAAAAGGUAUCUCAGGCGGAGAGAGGAAAAGAACAUCAAUCGGAGUAGAAUUGGUCAGUGAUCCGUACUGUAUCAUGUUAGACGAACCAACGUCUGGAUUGGAUUCGUUUACAGCCUUUGUUAUAAUGUAGAUAUUUUAUAAUAUGUGAAUAGUAAUCUGCUCAAAAAACUAGCCCAGAGCUCAGGUAGAACAAUAAUUUUUACUAUUCAUUAACCAAGUGCGGACAUUUACACUUUAUUCGAUUAAGUGAUGCUUCUAGUGCAAGGGAAAUUUAUUUAUCAGGGAAGGAGAGAUUAAAUGGUUGAUUAUUUUAAAGGCAUUGGAUUUGAGUGUCCCGCUCAUUCUAAUCCUCUAGAUUAUUUGAUGAGUGUGAUGCAUCAUGAAGAUCCUAAUCAUCCUCAUUAUUAAACAUUGUUCACUCACUACAAUAAUUAAUUUGAAAAUCAGAUUUUAAGUCAGAUCUAGGCAGUUAAGAAAGAAGCAAUACAAAGAUAGACAAUCUAAACUACUUUUGCAUUUCAAGUUAAGGAAAUUUUUAGAAGAGGAAUGAUAAAUAUGAAAAGAGAUAAAGUGUUGGUUAGAGGUAGAGUAGUUAUGACCAUCUUUAUUGGAUUAUUAAUUGGAGGGAUAUUUUGGACUGCCGGCAGUGAGCCUGGAUAUAAAGGAAUUUAGAGUACAAUAGGAGUGCUGUUCUUUUUGGUUAUGAGCAGUUUUAUGGGAGCAUUGAACCCAGUUAUUAUUUAAUUCCCAGAUGAGAGAGAAGUUUUCUUAAGAGAAGAGAAUUCUAAGCUAUAUACUACUGCUGCUUACUUUACAGGUAAAAGUUCUGUUGAAAUUCCUUUUCUGAUAUUAUUUCCAAUUAUUCAAUAAUUAAUCUGUUAUUGGAUGGUAGACUUGAAUGAUAAAUCAGGUGAUAUUGUAAUAAUUAAUAUUAUUAUUUGUAUUCUCCUUGGUUUGAGUGGAAAUAGUUUUGGUAAUUCUUCAAUAUUAUUAUUUCUAGGAUUAAUGGCAGGAUGUAUGUUUACUGAUGUGAAAGCUGCUUCAGGUUUUCUCCCUGUUGUUUUAAUGCCCUUGGUCAUUUUCUCUGGAUUUUAUGCUAAUCAAUCUUUAUAUAUGAAUUGGAUUGGUUGGGUUUAGUACAUAAGUCCAAUGAAAUAUGCAUUUGAAGCACUAGUUUGGAAUGAAUUUGAUUCAAGAAGUGAUGAGUUUCUUGGUACAACUAUUUAGAAUAGUAGUCCUAUAGAUACAUAUGACUUAACUCUAGGUCUAUGGAAAUGUUUAGUAAUUUUAGUAGCUAUAAUUCUGUUUUUCAGAAUGAUGGCUAUGAUGUUUUUAUAUUUAUUGAGAUAGAAACAACAAUGA